GAUGCGACGCGCCUUGCUCCUUCUCCGCCUGCUGGGCGGCUUCGCUGCGCUCCUGGCUGCUGCCGCCCAGGAUGCAGUUGGCUGUGGAGUCCCAAUGAGGUUAAGUUUUGCUGAGCUGAGGAAAGAGUAUAAAAAUCAGAAUUACUUUUCCGUUGGGAAGACUGCAAAAUACAUGUGUCGGCCUGGAUAUGGAAGAAACCCACAGCUACAACCCGCUAUUACAUGCCUUGAAAAUGGAAGGUGGUCAGAAGCACUCGAGUUCUGUAAAAAGAAAUCGUGUGGUCAUCCCGGAGAGCCAGAGAACGGCAGAGUUAUUAUAACAGAUAUCCAAUUUGGGUCAACGGUCCACUUCGCAUGUGAAGACGGGCACCGGUUGAUUGGACAGCCUUACAGACAAUGUGUGAUUUAUGGCAUGCGUGUUGUGUGGAGUGGUGAAGUUCCCAUUUGUGAGCGUAUUCCGUGUCUUCCGCCUCCUGACAUCCCCAAUGGAAGGCACACUGGGGUGAUAAUGGAUGUCUUCUCUUAUGGGUCAGUUGUAACCUACAAAUGUGACAGUGGUUACCCGCUCACUGGAGAGGCCUCUAUUCACUGUACAACCAAGGACGGGCUAAAUGGAGAGUGGAGUGCGCGUCCCCCUCGGUGUGGAGAGGUUAGAUGCCCAGCCCCGCAGAUCCAGAAUGGAAGAAAAGUAUCUGAUGACAGACGUGUCUAUUCGUAUAAAGACAAUGUUACCUUUGAGUGUGAUCCCGGCUACACCAUGAAGGGUCACAGUCUGAGUCAGUGCCAAACUGAUGACACGUGGGAUCCACCUUUGCCGGUCUGUGAGCAAGUGACAUGCGUAAGCCCAGAAGUGGAGAAUGGCAGAACCAAUGGGGUACAGCCUACCUACAGACCCAGAGACAUAGUUGUGUUUGAAUGCGACUCUGGUUACACCUUGAGCGGUAGCCCCAAGGCUCGGUGCCAAGAUGAUGGUAGAUGGGAUCCUCCUGUCCCUGUCUGUGAAAGAAUGCCGCAGUGUCCCUCUCCUCCAGCCAUCGCCAACGGGAAGCCUAGCAUCCAGGCCUCGGCAGCGUUCACCACUGGAACAUCUGUAAAUUACAGCUGUGAGCCCGGCUAUUCCCUUACUGGGCAGGCAUCUCUUUAUUGUAUGGCAUCCGGAAUGUGGAGCCCUCCCCCUCCUCGAUGUGAAGGUGCAUUUAUGUUCUGUUACCUAGAAUUAAGAGAGAGAAGCUCCUACCACAGGAUUUAA